AUGUCGGGGGGUGCUUCGCUGUUGCGAAAUCAAGAAAAAUCGUUUACAGCGGUUCGCAUAAGGGAAGUUUUAAAGAUGGCCACAGACGAGGACUCUCAUCAAGAGAAACAAAAUUGUGAAACACCGAUGCUUGAAACUUGUUCAGCCGCGAGCGAAGACAGGGAGAAAAAAAUGGAGUUUUCACAGACAGAUGUUAACGGUGAAAAAUCGAGCUAUCAGAUCAAUACCGAACGCCAAAAAAGACGACUAUUUAAAGGAAGUCUGAAGCUUUCUAAACAAAGGUGGAUGAGCUUGACCCACGACACACCAACAAAGAAAAACAGAGUUCUUAAAUCCGAGAGAUCGAUGGAUGACGCGGAGAUGUUGCAAGGAAGCCAACAAAGCGAUUUGCCUUGUCGUCAACGUUCAUCAUCUCAGGAGAAGAACGAUAGAACAGAACUUGACCGUGGAAAGAGUUUGGAUAGCGUUCCAGAAGGUUAUCGCAAUUCUUUUAGUGAUGUUCUAUCUAGAAGAGGAAGUAUUUGUGAGGAGAUGGAAAAGGAGAUCGUCCAGGGUGGAAUUAGUUUGCACAAGAGGCGUAAGGCACUAGUGAUUGAACAAACCCUCAAGGAUCGAUUUCUCAUGUGAUAUUAAACUUGACUGCGUCAAGAUCGCGCAGAAAAGCUAUAGAUACAGUCUGCAUUUUUUUUCUUUUUUCAAUCUCUUUUAAUCAUUUUUCUUUCUUUGGCAUGAACAAGAGUUCGAGAAGCAAAGGGUGCUCCUACUUGCUUCGUAAAUACAUCCCAAAAAAUGCAUUGUAUUCACUUUAAGGUUUUGAAUAAGUCGCGAUAAUCUGCUCUCAUGUCGUCACAUUUUAUUCCAAUAUAUAUUUUUAGAACUUUUAAUGGGAAUCUCCAAUGGGGUUCCUUAACCUACAGACAUUAUUGGCUACUUGCGAAGGGGAAGUGACAAGGCGACAAUCUUUCACUGUGUGAUCAAUUUUUGACGUUUCUAAUCUGAUAACGGUGUCACGGAGGAGUGCAAUAAACGAGACAGUUAAUAUCGAUAAUCUUCACCAUUUUUGCUUCCCACCUACCUCAAAACACAGCCGGCUAAGGGAUUUAUUGAUCAAACAAAUCGAACGGCCAGGCAUCUGCAGCGAGAAAGGAAGGCCUAAUGUUGCAGUCACAAGCAACACUAUGUCCUUCACGGUAAAAAUGAAUUUUUUAAGA